CAGCAAAUACAACAACAACCAUCACAGCUUGUGUCUAGUCAUCCUCCUGAUAUUUUGUCACCUACACUGGCACCAAGAGAAAACAUUACAUCAAAUAUAAAUUACACACGUUUCUUUAGAAAACAUAUCCUCACUGCGAAGGACUUUUCACGUAACGACCUUCAUUUAUUAUUUGGUGUGGCUCAUGAAAUGCGUACUCUGGUUAACCUUAUGCCAUCUACAAGGAUGUCAGCUUCUUUUGAGGCAACAAUGAAUAGAUUAGGUGAUUGUGUGGUUACUAUCAAUACAGAUUCAUCUUUCAUUACAAAAGCUGAUACUGUACGAACAGUGGGAUCAUAUGGGGAUAUUAUUAUUUUGAGGCAUCCAGAACCUGGCAGUAUUAAAACUGCAGCGAAAUACUCACCUGUUCCGAUCAUAAAUGCAGGAGAUGGUGUUGGAGAACAUCCUACUCAG